AUGUGGAGGAUGAUCAAGCUGAUGCACACUGAGAACUACUAUUCUGUCAAGUUGAACGGGGAGAAGUCAAAAGAGUUCGUAACCACACGCGGAGUUAACCAAGGAGGCGUGUUAUCACUCACGUGCUACCUCCUCUCAACUAACGAUGUGCACGAGUUAUUACAAGCCCAGGGUGGAGGGGCAUCGGAACAUGGACUGAGUGAGUAUCUUGAGCAGUUCGGAGUAACCCUGGAGUUCCCAGCAAACCGGUGGAAGCACAUUGUGAAAGCAGCUGUGGGGGAAAAAGAGGAAGAAAAGUGGGACGACAAAAUAAGUGGAAAUGACCUAGUAAAGCACAUGUUGACAGAAUGCAGAACAUUCCAGACGGUGAGGGAAGAAGUGACUGACCACCUUACUGACUUCCUUGGAAUCAGAGUAGCAGUGGAAGUGCACCAGCAGGGAGACGAGAGACUGACUGGAGUUCUCCUUGGUGCACAUAUAGGAGAAGAGAACAUUGAGACAGAACACUGGGAGGAGUUUAUCCUGCUUGUGUCCUUCCCGCAGCAAGGCGUGUUCUCCACGGGGAGGGAGGAGUUCGUGGUGGAGCCCGUGCGGAACGGGACGGACCGGCCGCCGCCUGCGGGACACCCCCACCUGGUGUACCGCCGCUCCGCCCUCAGGCACCGCGGUGACGACCCGCCCUGCGGAGUUCAAGAUCAUCAUCAACAUGCUUUUGGGUCUCCCACCGGCGAUGCUCACCAAUGGCAUGCCCACCCAGUGUCUCCCACAGAAGUUCCUCACCAAGAAUCUCACAGGGAAGUUCCAGAUCCAGGGUCUCACACCAGCAACCACAGCAGGCGGCACAGGAGGUCCAUCAGCAGAGACCACACAGUGGAGGUGCUGGUGGUGGCGGAUAAGAUGAUGGUGGGAUACCACAAGGCUAAGAACAUGGAGUCCUACCUGCUCACCAUCAUGAACAUUGUUGCUAAGCUGUACCGGGACGCCUCCAUCGGAAAUCUGAUCAACAUCGUGGUGACCAGACUCAUUCUCAUCACCGGAAACCAGCCAGAGCUGGAGAUCACGAACCACGCCGACAAGUCGCUGGACAGCUUCUGUAAGUGGCAGGAAACCAUCCGGCCCCGGCACGGCACAGAGGAUUAUGGGAUAGCGGACCACGAUAAUGCGGUGCUCAUGACCAGACUCGACAUCUGCACCAACAAGAAUGAGCCAUGUGGAACUCUCGGUCUGGCGCCGGUGAACGGGAUGUGUAAGGAGGCGAGAAGCUGCAACAUUAACGAGGACAUCGGGCUGGCAUCGGCCUUCACCAUCGCUCACGAGAUGGGACACAAUUUUGGCAUGCAGCAUGACGGGAUGGGUAACGAGUGCGGGCUGAACGGGGAGCCGGCGCGGAUCAUGGCGGCACAGCUGACACGCGACGCGCAACCCUUCUCCUGGUCCCGCUGCAGCAGGGAGUACAUCACCAACUUCUUAGAUAAGGGUCAGGGGCAGUGCCUAUUCAACGCUCCUCCCCGGCUGGACUUCAUCUUCGAGGAGGAGAUGGCAGGACAGAAGUACAGCGCGGACAAGCAGUGUGAGCUUCAGUACGGGUCCGAGUCUCGGCACUGUAACCUGGAGGACACAUGUCGGGAGUUGUGGUGUAUCAGUAAGCAGGGUCAGUGUGCGACAAACAGCAUUCCUGCGGCCGAGGGGACCAAUUGUGUCAUCGCAGGGGAACCUCAGGAGACCAACAGGGGGUGGUGUUACCAAGGCGACUGCGUGCCGUUCGGACACCGCCCGGAGGCGGUGGAUGGCGGCUGGGGACCGUGGUCGGACUGGAGCGCGUGCACGCGGACGUGCGGGAUCGGGGUCUCGUUCUCGGAACGGCACUGCAACGAGACUGCGUGA